CAGCACGCGCAUGUUGUGAAUUUCUUUGUGUUUAUCGGCUGUCUCCACGGGACGAACUGUAUUCAAACUAAUAACAGACCACGGUGGAGUUGUCCUCACAUUGGGACCCUUCGUUUGACGGCAUAUUAUCUAUCAACUGUCCUUCCUGGAGCCUUGGUGAUUGCAAGCUGUCUAUUUAUUCGUGACUUGCAGGCCAGCGCUAUGCCAGCACCAAUACUCUUCUACCUCUGCGUCCUCAAUUACACCGAAUCCAUCAUCACUGGGAAAUUUCGGAACCGCAGAAAU